AUGUCGCUCACGCUACCCUUCCCGACCACCAGGUUCGGCCCAGGCUUCACGGUCCCCACAGCCGUGACCGUCACCGAGGGCGGCCGAACCAUCACCCUCACGCCCUCGCCCACCGUCGGCACACCCGCCACCUCCGACGCCUCGCCCUUCCCCGACAACAUCCUGCAGCAGUCCGGCCUCGCGCCGGGGCAGAUCAUCGGCAUCACCGUCGGCGCCACCUCGAGCCUCGUCUUCCUCGUUGUCGCCCUCGUCUGGUUCUGGAACCGCCGUCGCGCGCGGCGCCUCGCCGCCCGCGACGAGGCCCUCGACACCGUCAUGGAGGACCCGGAAAAGCCCGACGACGCGGCCAUCCUGGCCCACAACGCCGGAGAGACCACGGAGCUGCCGGCGCCGAGGGGUCUGCACGAGAUGCCCGAGACGCGAGAGGGGCCACCCGUCGAGCUGCCGGCUCCUGUCGAGAGGCACGAGAUGCCCGCCUAA